AUGAAUAAUGCCUUGCCGGCCACCGUCCCUGACGAUGACGAACAUGAAACAUACUCUGUUCAUAUUACGAAUUUAUCCGACGAUAUUACAGCUGAAUAUCUAUCCGAAAAUCUUCGUUAUUCAAUCGGUGAUAUACUCAUGAACCCCUCCGAAAAUGAAUGUUGGAUACGCCGUUUUGAACGAAAGUCAGUGGCCGAUCAGUUAGUAACAAACCUAAAUUCCAGGAGAAUUUGUGGAAAAGCGAUCCAAUCACGUGAACUUGGUCAUUCAAAUAAAAAUCAAUGUCGAAUUAGUGAUACAGAUCCGUCAACAGCAACAAUUGUGAAUCAAAAGUCACUGAAAUAUGCAAAACGCCUUGUUGAACGUUGCCACAACAAAGCUUAUCCCGAUGGUUAUAUCAUAAAGUGUCAAAUAGAGCUGGACAAACAAAUAUCACCCAAACGUUCCACUUUACUUCUUCAUCCGGCACCUGAACAAGUGGAGGAAAAGGAAAUAACAAUGGAACACAAAGUUGUAGAUAAUGUUCAUGUGGGAUUUCUUCUCCUAAAAGCAUCAUUUAACCAGCGUUUGAUUGACUAUCUAAGUAAAACAUAUAGGGUAAAAGUCGCCGUCGAAGAAUCACCGACAUCGAAACUUGUAACAAUUAAAAUAACUGGAUCGGAGAAAGAUGAUGUAAAUGCAAAACAUUAUCUAGAUCAUUUAUUUGCGACUGUGAUCACAAUCACUUAUGACGAAAAAGUUGGUAUGUAAACAUCUAAGAAGUAAUUAAGAGACGUUUCGUCAGGCCAGUGAAAAGCAAGCCACGCAAAAAAGGUUAACAUAUACUUUCUAUGAUGCCGUUUGAUUUUCCUAUCAAAACUGUAGAAAAAAAUUUACGAUCCCAGACUUCAAAAAAAAUACUCUUCAUAGCGACUAUUAUAGCCACUGCGCACCAGAUGCUGUCUUUGGGAAGUUAGCGCGAUACGAGCCCGCAUGUUUGAAUUGACCUUUCGUCAGCCCAUUAGCGAAAAAGCCAAUAACAUUAGUUUUUAUGUUAUUUUCAGUUUCUACAAUUAAAACCA